UUUUUUGUCUUUAGCAUAGUACUCACGGUGUUUGUUUCUUCAAUUAAGAACUCAUUCAACGUCCCACCGACAGGAAUCUGCUGGGCUGAAAAGGAUGGAGAUUGUAUGCGGUGCGACUGCAGAAGGCCUUUGAAAUGCUACAAAGGCACGUGCCGAUAA